AUGGGCAACUGUGAAGAGCGCGUGACAACUCGGUUCCAGUAUAAUUUCAUUGAACAAGCAGAAGAAAGAGCAAUUGUGAUUAUGCUGGAAAAAUUUUUAGAAGAUCAUAAUGAACUAAUUCGAUUCAUUAAAAGAGUUUCGCCACGACUGCAAAAUGACAACAAUCAAGUCGUCAUAAAAGCCGACAAAGUACCAUUGGGUGAACAUGCUGGCAGAUUCAACGCUCCAACUGUUGAUGAGGUCGCUAUUAUUAUGGUUGGUGAUCCAGUUGACAAUAGAGCUAUAACAAUUACACGGCGAGACAACACUGUCAGUACGAUUUCGGAUCUACACCGUUCAUAUGACGCACUACAAUAUCCAUUAAUAUUUUGGCAAGGACAGGAUGAAUAUCACCUUAAUAUCCAGUGA